AUGAUGAGCACUGAUAUGGAUAUGUCGCAUCGCAGCAGCGGCGGAGUGCAAGAAGGAGUAUUUUCUCCACCCCUCACACGUCGUUCCAGCCAUGAUACGCCACCGCAACCACCGAGCCGCACCCGGUACUAUGACAUGUCUCCUCAGGUUCCCCGGCGGAGUGCUGUAGCGAACAACAACGAUUCCUUAUCCUCGUCCAGACGUAGUCCCAACGGUAGCAGUCGUAGUCCACGGCGCGGCCCUGGAAGUCGUAGAAGCAAUUACAGACGCUCCGGUUCGUCCAAGCGAUCGGAUCAGGAUGAAUCCUUGGAGAACUCGAACCACAGCACAGCUUCAUCUAAUCGACGACAACGAAGCAGAUCCUCCUCCCGGCACCGUAGGUCCCGAUCCGGUGGUCGUAGGUCCCGAUCCGGUGGUCGUAGGUCAUCCAAUAGUUUGACCAGUCCUCGACGAAUGAGACGAAGUGAAUCCCAAAACCAGCCCGGAGCCUAUAAGUAUUACGAUGAUAUCGAUGAUCAUGCGGAAGCUGUCAAGGCAAAACAAUCCUCGCGGCGUUCCAGUUCUACUGGCCGAAGAAGUCCAAGACGAUCCGAGUUAUCAUCCUCGUCUCGACGAUCACCCCCCUCGGAUCCUGAUUCCAGACAAACAUCAUUCUCACGACGUUCCCCCCAACCCGAGGAACCCAAAAUCUACGAUGAUGCCUUUGGGGACUGCCCCAAAACUACUGCAAAGAAAAAGGAGAUUCCCAUCACACCUACAUCCGUUCUGACAGAGACUUCUAACCAAGAGGACAUGUCGGACGACGAAGAGAUUGUGCUGCCCGGUGCCUAUGCCUCCAAUUUGGAGGGAGACGAUCUACGCCUUUCCAGACUCCAUGGAAGGUCCAAGGCUCGAAGAUCCCGAAACCACAUGCGAGUGAGUAUGGGUGGCUUGGAUCCUCCUCUAAUGGACUCCAAUAGCAGCAGUGCUGGAUCCUCCAGCAUGACAUCGGCGGAACGGUCUGCCUUAGAAGCUCGCAAGGAUUCGAGACGAUCCAGCAUGAUGCGAGCGGCUUCGGAGCGCAAUCGAAGUAGCAGAAGACUGUUGGUGCGACAACACAGCGCCAGUCCGAGUGUCAGUGCUAACAGUAACAUCGCCAUUGCGACUGCCAUUCGACCUGCUGUAAGCGAAUCCGAGUCGGAAGAAGACAUUGGCGAGGAGAUUGUCAAUGAUGAAUACUUUGAUCAUGACUAUGAUAAUGAUGAUCUAGAGAUGAGCCAUCAAACAACAAGUAUGUUCUCAUCAUCUCAAAAAGCAAGCGUGGCCUCUCAAAGCCACAGAACCGAUUUGUGUGAAUCACCCGAUGCCAGCGAAAGCACGGCUACCGGUUCCAUCUCAGAAGAUGUGGUCACGGAAAUCGUCAAGCCCAACAAGUUUCGCCGCAACAACAAACGCAACAAGAAAGAGCAAUCUCAGCGAAAGAUGAUUCAAAGACGGCAACGACGGGAGAGAAACUAUUGUCUUGUGGCUGUCUUUUUAUUGAUCGUCGGCGGCGGCACCAUCUAUCUUCUUUUAAGACCGGAUAAAACGGAUGACUCUUCUUCCUCUGACAUUGCCAGCAACAGCAACUUGGACAACAACCAGAAUCCUACCAGCCAUCCCUCUGCCGCACCAUCCGCAGCCGUGGAAACCCUUCCACCAACAGAAUCCUAUCUGUACCAUCCUCCUUCUCCUCAAGAUUGCAUUGCCAUGAAAAAUGAUGAAAUGAUAAUUGGUCAAGGCAACAUGACCAAUCGAAAUUUCAACUUGCAUUUCGAUGUGGUUUUGGAUGCUGCCAAAGCAGUGGAAAUCGAUUCCGUUCUAAAGGAACUGCUGGAAGCGAUUGAAUCUUACUUUGUUCCAUCCUUGGCUGGAUGUGACGAUAUCAUGUCAUCCACUAAAGACAAUGAUGGCAAUCGGCGAAGAUUGGCCCUUCUUCGGUACGUUGUGGCCAAUGCCGACGUCGAUGGCGAGGUGAGCGUUGACGAAUCUUGCACCACCACACCAGAGCAACCAUGUUUUCGGGUUGUUGUCAAUCUCAAAGUUUAUCUAAAGGGGAAUGUUCGCAUUGCCCAACUACUGAACUUGAUUGUGGGUGUGGUGGAACUGGAUGGCUUCAAGGGAGUCUCGUUGGGCAAUGCCCGGAAAUUGGAGAAAAAGGUUGAUGCAGCACCAGUGUUGGCCGAGCGAUGGAACUUGAGCGACGUCUUCAAGGGUGUGGUUCUGGCGCGAAUCGAAUCAGCCAACGCGGCAUCCUCUGCACCCAGUAUGGUUCCAAGUAUCUCCCCUUCAACUUCUGCGCCAUCCAGCAGUCCUUCUGCAUCGCCAUCGGCACAACCUUCGAGCAGUGAUGCGCCUUUCGUUGUAAAGGAUACCACUACUUCUUCGCCAGUAGUACCUAAUGUUGCAUCCCAAGGCCCGACGGCUGGCAUUUCAAUUCCACCGACAAGCACAGACGCCCCGGUUCCAUCCGCCGCCCCAACUCGAACUUCAUCUGUCGCUCCAACGAUUCAGACAACAACUCAAACCCCCACAAGGGAACCAACCGAAACACCAUCGGAGGUCCCUACUUCCAAACCCAGUACCAUGGGUUCAGCAUUACCAUCACGUUCGCCAACGGCAUCACCAACGGACAAACCCAGUGUUGCACCGUCACCUGUUCCGUCUGGAAGCCAAAGCGAACCACCAACUGCAAUUCCUACCAUGUCACCAUCUGCAGAACCCAGUUGGAGCCCAUCGUCAGCUCCCACCUUGGGAGUAUCGGAUAAUCCUACACCCGCUCCGGUUCCCGAAUCGUCUGGAGGAGGUUUACCGGGAGGAGGUGGUCUAUCCUCGCCGACGGAACCUCCAGCAGAGAUUAUAACCGUGGAGUUUGACGAUCUACCAACUACUGAUAGUGGCGAAUGCCUCGGUGGAUCACCAACUGCAAUAUCUGGUACUUACGAAAACAUCCGAUGGAACAAUUUCGGAGUGAUGGAUGCCACUUGCUUUGGAUGCUAUGGGCCUUCCUGUCCGAACGCGGUCAAAUUUGCAGUGACCAGUCCAACUGUAAGAAAAGCAUCCUUUGAGAGCCCGACGGAAAGAACCUUUGAUUUGUUUUCAAUGUGGGUGUACAACCCUGUCUUUCCAUUCACUCUGACUGGAUAUGCCGGGGAUAGAACGACUCAGAUUCAUUUUGCCUCCUAUCCCUAUGUUGGCACUGGAUGGCAUCAACUCGAUUUGUCAGCAUUCAAGAAUGUUGCCGUAUUUGUGAUUGAAAACACUGGACCGACAUCUGUUUUUGAUAUCGCCUUUGAUGCGAUCCAAAUUAGAUUCAACUAG